AUGCAGUCACUUGUUUAUGGGUUCCUGAAAUGUUUUGGAUUACUUAUCAUCACCACUUUGGCAUUUCAUCUAAUUUCUAUCAUGUAUGGAGCACCAAUGUUUGAGAAGGCCAUUGAAACAUUCAACUUAUCUCUUCUAAUCAGCUUUUUGGCUGUUUUGCCAACAUUUGUUGCAGCUAAUAAAUCCUGGAAUAACUGGCUUCAAAUCGUUUUCAUGCUAAAUUGCAAAGAGGACUUGUUGCUGUAUCAAACUGUCUUUACUUGCUUCAGUACUAUUGUAGGAGCUUGGUUGGGUGCAUUUCCUAUUCCUCUGGAUUGGGAUAGGCCAUGGCAAGUGUGGCCCGUCAGUUGUGUUUAUGGGGCUGUUCUCGGUCAUUGCCUCGGAGUUUCAGUGGGCACUGUGAGAUUGUUAAUGCUACACAAAUACAAAAAUAAGAGAAAAUAA